AUGACUCUCUUCUCCUCUGUUCAACUCUCAGAAUCGCGCCGACACUCUCUUGUGCGAAGAGGCCCAGGCCAUGAAACCGUUUCGUGCGACGAAUCUUUCAGUUUAGAUCUGAGCGGGGAUGUUUAUUGCAGAACAAACGACAAUAAGCUGUUUAAGUGUUCCUUCGGUGAUUGCCCCACCGGUCAUGCUUUUCAACUGCAUGGUUGCCAAGCUUACACAGCACCUAAAGCCGAGUUAAACGGAAUCUGGCAAGACAUAUAUCCAUAUGGUUACUACUACAACACCGCCACUCCUACAUUACUUUUGGCUGGUGAUCGCGAUGGGAAUAACUACGGAUGCGCACUUGAUCAGAAUAUCAAUCACCGGCAUGUAUGUAACAGUUGUACCGCGAUGGAAUGA